AAACACACUCGCCUUUGAACUCGUCUGUAAACAUAGAUAAAUCAAAUGAUAUAAAAGUGCAAAAUUUUCGGUAAGCUUUUGUAGUGUUUUCUUUGAUCACAACGAAAAUGAAAGUCUUUGUGUGUCUCGCCGUGUUUGCUUUAGUGGCUGCGGCUCAAGCCGAAACAGCUAAGGAAAAGCUGAGGAAAUACAGCGACGAGUGCAAGUCGGUGUCGGGCGUCUCCGAGGAGCUUUUGAACAAAGUGAGGAACCAUGAGGAUGUUCAUGACCCCAAGUUGGACGAACAUGGGUUCUGUAUUUUGAAAAAAGCCGGGUUUAUGAAUGAGGCUGGUGAUAUUUUGGCCGAUACGAUCAAGACCAAGUUGAAGGAAAACAGCGAACAUCCUGAUACUGUGGAUGCUCUUGUUGAGAAAUGUAACGAGAAGAAGGACACUCCACAACACACAGCCUCUCACUUGUUCACCUGCUUAGUCGACAAGAAAGUUCACUCCCAUUAGAUAAUUUUGUACUUUGGUUUAGUCAAUAGAUUUUUAAAAAGA